UAAAGAGGAGAAAAAGAAUCUGCACGUGCUCAGAAACCAUUUUCUGUUAUUGCAACUCUGUAGGAGGUUGAGAAAAAAAAAUCAGGAAAAGUGUGGAAGACAUUAAGCGAAGCAGCGCUGAUCUUCAUUUCAACCUUUAAAGGCAUUUUUUUCAAGGCUUUUACAGCCCUCUUGUUUUGUAUUGGUUAAGCAGAACUGCUGUGAACUGUUUCCUCUUUUGGAGCAGAUACUUCAUGACUCACAAAAUAAAGUACAAGGGAAGAAGGGAGGAACACUUGAAAACGAAAGCGCUUUUAUUGGGGGCUUGCGAAGGGCAACGCUUUACCCAUCUGUUUACAAAUUCAGGACAAAUUUACUUUCAGACUCCCAUUUUUUGCCACAAAAAGGUCAGAUAUAAUCUAUUAUAACUGACAUGAACAACACUGUGAGAGAAGAGCUUUACAAAACAUUGUGUGACCUCCUUGAGAAGCAAUUUAAGGAUUUUAAAUGGUGGCUAAAGGGUAUUGACUACAAUGAAAAGCCAAACAUUGUUACAGCUUCUUUGGAGAAAGCUAAUCAGCAAGAAGUUGUAGAUCUCCUGAUUCACUAUUAUGGAGAAGACGCUCCAAAGGUGUGCAUUCGUGUCCUUCAAAAAAGCAACAUAAAUGAUGUUGCUAGAAAACUUGAGGAAACUUUACAGAAAGAUGUUGAUGCUCACCAAUUGCCAGAUUCAUCAGACCAUGGGUCCUCAAAUUACAGUCCACGGGCCAGCUAUGACCCACUGAAGCCAUUAAUCCAGCCCAUGCAGGACCACGAGGCUGCCCCGUCCACAUCACUCAACCCACCCACUGGCCCCCACCAUUCGGCCAUGUUCAGGACUGACCUUUGUGAGCAGGAAUUAGAAGGUAAGGUGAAGAGCUACUGGAGGUUGGGGGAGGGGAAGGCCAAAAACAAGACUAUUUUGUGCUGGCAGAAGGCUUCUGGAGGCCAGGAAGGCCAAAAAGUCCCAGCAUUGCAGCCUGUGUGGCAUCCCUUUCAUUGGGACUGCCCCUACCCCGCCCCACAUGGGAAAGCCAUAGCUGGCAGCAUUGCCAAACUCUGGAAUGAGAUGGGAAUGAGAAGGAGGCAGGCAGGGGAUUUCCACUUAGCGCCGCAAUGAGACAGACUGGAAGAGGGGCUCCCAAGGGCUCCUGUGAAAUCCAGGGCUGACAAACCAUUGCCGGGGGGGGGGGGGCGUUCUUUUAGACCAGAGCCUUCUUGAACAAAAGUUGAAAAAAGAGCUGCGUCUCGAAGAGCCAAGAGGGAAGAAACUGGUUCCU